AUGACAUUGGAGGAAGAUGAAGAGAAUUUCUGCCCUCCCGGGUGGACACCCAAUGAUUUGCGCUGCUUCAAGUACAUCUCAGAGAAGAAAUCCUGGGCUGAUCCUGAGAUGAACUGUUUGCUUCUUGGAGGAAAGCUGGCUUCAGUGUGCUGCGAAGAAGAUCAAAAGUUUCAAGUGGAACUCCAAAAGCAUUCGGGCACAAUUGAACCAUUCUGGAUUGGACUGUCAGACGUCCACAAGGAGGGAACAUGGUUAUGGUCUGAUGGUACUGCCGUGUACUAUAGAAAUUCGGCCUCUGGUGAACCAAGCAACUUGAAUGAAGAGGAUUGCGUGGUAACAGCUCAGAGACCCAAGAAGACCAACCUUAGCUACGACGGUUUUCACCAUGAAUGA